AUGCCUCUUCGUCUUGGUACUACUGCUCCAAACUUCACUGCACAAACUACCAAAGGAGAUAUUGACUUUCACCAAUUUAUUGGUAAUUCAUGGGUUGUGUUGUUUUCUCACCCCGCUGACUUUACCCCAGUAUGCACAACCGAAUUAGGUGAAGUCGCGCGUCGUCAAGCAGAUUUUGACUCGCGUAACGUAAAAAUCAUUGGUCUAUCGGCCAACAAAUUAGAAGAUCACGAGAAUUGGAUAAAAGACAUUAACGAGGUCAACAACGUCAAUUUGUCAUUCCCAAUCAUCGCCGAUCAUGACCGUAAAAUUUCGGCACUUUACGAUAUGUUGGAUUAUCAAGAUAUUACGAAUGUCGAUACGGCGGGAAUCCCAUUCACCGUCAGAAGCGUGUUUGUUAUUGACCCAAAGAAAACUAUCCGUUUGAUUCUUACUUACCCAGCUUCUACUGGCCGCAACUUUGAUGAGCUCAUCCGUGUUAUCGAUUCUCUCCAAUUAGGCGACAAGCAUCGCAUCACUACUCCAGCUAACUGGAGAAAAGGUGAUGAUGUGAUUGUUCAUCCAAGUGUUACCAAUGAAGAAGCUGAAAAAUUGUUUCCCGGUUUCACGACUGUGAAGCCAUACCUCCGUUUGGCUAAAUCUCCCUUCUAG